AUGUCUUCCACCGAUUCAUACCUUGCCAUCCCGGGCUCGGUGGCGUUCUCCCGCUCGCGCGGAAACGCCAUUGCUGCCAGUCUGGGUGUUAAAGACGUGCGGGCCCAAUGGGUUCAUUACGUGCAUACUUCCCAGGCCUUGGGUGAAUUCCAGCGCUCUGUCCUCGAGCAACUACUUCAAUAUGGCGACAUAACCGAUGUACCUCCCACUUUCACCUCUGACGACGGUCAAUUCGAUACCUUCUAUAUUUUCCCCAGAACUGGAACUAUCUCACCGUGGAGCUCCCAGGCUACUGGUAUUGCACAGGUAUGUGGCCUGCGUCAGUCCGUGAAGCGUAUCGAGCGAGGAAUGAAAAUUUCUUGUCUUCGUAAUGGAACCGAGGACUACAAGGCCGGAUAUAUGGAUCUCAUUCACGACCGUAUGACCCAAAUCAUCAGCAAUGACGAGCCUGAUCUGAACUUAAUGUUCUCCGAACACGCUCCUCAACCUCUCAAGACUAUCUCUUUGCAAGGCAGAGACAAGUCCCCAAAAGAAAUCCUCCAGGAAGCCAACAAGGAAUUGGGUCUUGCCUUGGACGACUCUGAAAUUGAGUACCUGGCUGAGGCCUAUGGCCCCAACGGAGCUAUUGCUCGUGACCCCACUGAUGUCGAGCUGUUCAUGUUUGCGCAGGUCAACUCCGAGCAUUGCCGACACAAGCAGUUCAAUGCCUCAUGGGUGAUCGACGGUAAGCCAAUGCCCAACAGCCUCUUCGCUAUGAUUCGCAACACGCACAAGAAACACCCGGAGUUUACCGUCAGUGCCUACAGCGAUAACUCUGCUGUUAUUGAGGGUAGUGAGGCUGCUUUCUGGGCUCCCAGCUCAACCACUGGGGAGUGGACACACACAAAGGAAUUCGUACACUUCUUGGCCAAGGUUGAAACCCACAACCACCCUACUGCCGUUUCUCCCUAUCCAGGAGCUGCAACUGGCUCUGGUGGAGAGAUCCGUGAUGAGGGAGCUACCGGUCGUGGUUCUCGCCCUAAGGCGGGUCUUUCAGGCUUCUGCGUGUCUGAUCUCCUGAUUCCUGGGCUGAGACAACCGUGGGAGCUCGAUGUGGGCAAGCCAAACCACAUCGCAAGCAGCUUGGACAUUAUGCUCGAAGCACCCAUCGGUAGUGCCGCCUACAACAACGAGUUUGGCCGACCCAUCACAACUGGUUACUUCCGUACCCUUCUUACCGAGAUUGAUAUCGGCAAUGGCCAAAAGGAAGUGCGUGGAUACCACAAGCCUAUCAUGAUUGCUGGUGGUGUCGGAACUGUCCGUCCUCAGCACGCCUUGAAAAACCCUGACAUCGUCAAGCCCGGUUCUUAUCUCGUUGUGUUGGGCGGUCCCGCCAUGCUUAUUGGUCUUGGAGGAGGUGCUGCUUCUAGUAUCACCUCUGGUGAAGGUUCAGCUGAUCUUGACUUUGCCAGUGUGCAGAGAGGCAAUGCCGAAGUCCAGCGCAGAGCCCAGGAGGUGAUCAAUGCAUGCGUCGCUAUGGGCGAUGCCAACCCCAUUAAGUUCAUCCACGACGUUGGUGCAGGUGGUCUGUCCAACGCUCUCCCUGAGCUUAUUCAUGACUCUGGCUUGGGUGCCACUUUCGAGCUCCGGGAGGUUGAGAGUACUGACAAGAGCAUGAGCCCCAUGCAAAUCUGGUGCUGCGAGGCCCAGGAGCGAUAUGUUUUGGCUGUUGGAGAGGAGGGCAUGAAUAAGUUCACCGCUAUUUCUCAGCGUGAGCGCUGUGGCUUCUCGGUUGUUGGCCGUGGAGGUGCUUCUGAGGAGGAGAAAAGACUUAUCCUUCUCGACCGGGAUUCCAAGGAGUACCCUAAACCCAUCGACCUGCCCUUGUCUGUACUAUUCGGCAAACCACCACGUAUGACCAGAACUGUGGAUUCGCGCAAGCUGACUCUGCCUGCUGUGGAUUCCAGUCUGACAAAGUAUCUUCCUUCGCUCUCGUCGAAGGUUGAACUGGUCAACGAGGCUGUUAAUCGCGUGUUGUCGCUGCCUUCCGUCGGCUCUAAGUCCUUCUUGAUCACCAUUGGUGACCGAACUGUGGGAGGUCUUACUGCCCGCGACCAGAUGGUUGGAAAGUGGCAAACCCCCGUUGCUGAUGUUUCCGUGACUGCCACCUCGUUGCUUCAAGGAGUCAAGACUGGUGAGGCCAUGGCUAUGGGUGAAAAGCCUACCCUGGCUCUCAUCUCUCCUGGCUCUUCAGCACGUAUGGCUGUUGCCGAGUCUCUCAUGAAUCUUGCUGCCUCCGAUUUGGUGGACCGCCUGAGCCGUGUGAAGCUUUCUGCAAACUGGAUGUCUGCUAGUAGCCACCCUGGCGAAGGUGCUGCUAUCUAUGAGGCUGUUGAGGCCAUAGGUCUAGAUCUGUGCCCUAAGCUCGGUAUCAGCAUUCCCGUUGGAAAGGACUCCAUGUCCAUGAAGAUGAAAUGGAAGGAUGAAGCUUCGAACGAGGCUAAGGAAGUCACAGCUCCUAUGUCUUGUGUAAUCUCUGCCUUUGCCCCGGUUGGUGAUAUCCGCAAGACUUGGACCCCAGCUCUCCGUGACUUUGAGGAUGUUGGAGAGACUGUGCUCAUGUUUGUCGACCUUUCCUUCGGUCGCAAGACCCUUGGCGGUUCUGCUCUUGCUCAGGUCUUCAAUGAAGUUGGUACCGAGUGCCCUGACGUUCGCGACGUUGACAUCUUCCGAGACUUCUUCGAUGCCACCCAGUGGCUCCAGGAAGCCGGCAUUGUCCUGGCUUACCAUGACCGCUCUGACGGUGGUCUUCUCACCACUCUCGCUGAGAUGAUGUUCGCCGGUCGCUGUGGUGUCGAGAUCAUGCUGGACAACAUCUGCUCCUCCUUCCACACCCAAGACGUUAUCCAGUGUCUCUUCAACGAGGAGCUUGGUGCCGUCUUCCAGGUCCGCAAGCAGGACGAGAUCAAGUUCCGCUCUUGCUUCGCAACCUGCGGUCCCCCUGCCGGAUUAAUUCACAAGAUUGGUCGUGUCUCUGCUAAGCCCAAGCAGGACCUUGUCAUUUACCACAAGGCUUCUCUGGUAUACCGUAACACCCGCUCAAACCUCCAGCAGACCUGGGCCAAGACCUCCUACCACAUGCAGAAGAUCCGUGAUAAUGCCGAGUGCGCUGAGCAGGAGUACGAGAACAUCCUUGACGACGUUAACCCCGGUAUGUCGUGGAACCCAAGCUUCGACCCCAAGGACCGUGGACUGCCCUUGAUGACCAGCCUCUCUGCAUACUCUCCCUUCAACAACAAGCCUCGUGUCGCCAUUCUUCGUGAACAGGGUGUGAACGGCCAGGCCGAGAUGGCCUUUGCCUUCCAGACUGCCGGCUUCGCUGCCGUGGAUGUCCACAUGACUGAUAUCCUCUCUGGUCGCAUCUCCCUGGCUAGCUUUGCCGGUCUCGCCGCUUGUGGUGGCUUCUCGUACGGUGACGUCCUCGGUGCCGGCCAAGGUUGGGCCAAGUCUGUGCUACUGCACGAGAACACACGUAAGGAGUUCCAAGCGUUCUUCGAGCGUCCUGACACUUUCGCCCUUGGUGUAUGCAACGGCUGUCAGUUCCUAUCUCGUGUGAAGGAGCUGAUCCCUGGUGCCAACCACUGGCCUAGCUUCGAGCGCAACUCCAGCGAGCAGUAUGAGGGCCGUGUCUGCAUGGUCCGAGUCUCUGACCCCGACCCGUCCAGACCCAGUGUCUUCUUCCACGGCAUGGAUGGCUCUGCCAUGCCCAUCGUUGUCGCUCACGGCGAGGGACGCGCUUCGUUUGCUCAUGGUGCUUCAUCCGCCGAUUUCAUUCGCGAGGGUCUUGCUCCCGUCCGCUACCUUGACAAUGCUAGCCUCAAGCCGACCAUGCGUUACCCCUUCAACCCCAACGGCAGCCCUCAGGGUAUCGCUGGUGUGCGUAGCCCUGACGGUCGUGUUCUCGCUAUGAUGCCUCAUCCCGAGCGUACCAUUAUCAAUGGUGUUGCUAGCUACCUGCCUCCAAACGCUGAAUCUUGGGGUGAGGUCGGUCCUUGGGGUCGCAUGUUCUUCAGCGCCAGACGUUGGGUGGGCUAA